GACAAAGACAAAAUGUGUUGAUAUAUGCAGCUCUUUUAAUUUCCGGGCUCUUUUCUUUUGGAAAAACAUUCUCUUCUUUAUUUUGAGGAAUUCCAGAACGCUUUUAAGCUCCAGCAAUAGUAUUAAGAAGUAUCAGCAGAGAUCUAGAGUUCAUUGUGCUAGAGGCCACCCAGAAGGUCAGUCAUAAAAUAGCCCAUACACCAUUUGCACAUUUCCCAUAAAGCACCUUAUUUGCCCCCCCCCCCGCCCCCCCAAAAAAAUUUUGCAUAAGCAUUGUUUUCAGUUUCUCUUGGGAUGGCUGUAAUACCCAAGAGAAGUGAAAAAAGAAGGUUAUGCAAAAUUUUGGGGGUAAAUAAGGUGCAUUAUGGGAGAUUUGCAAGUGGCAUAUUUUACAGAUACAACUGAUUGUUGGUCAAUAUGUGGCCAAUAGUCGGCCCCUAUAAUAUACCUGUCAACUCACAUGCACUAUGCGUGAGUUUCACACCUGUGGACUAAACACAUUGAUCUCAGGCAUCAAGGACAAUUUCCCACGUCUGACUCACAAAUCUGGACAAAUUAUUCUUUCACACAUGAAAAUAAUGAAAAUUCAGUCAAAAUAGGCGUUAAAGGAUGACUUUGUGUCCCGUUUUGUGUUCUAAUGAAAUCAAAGCACGCUAAAAAUGUCGUCUUUUAAGUGCUCAAAGGUCUUUAGAACAUCUGUGGACAUUUUUGGCAACGUUCCAAAGUCUUCAGAAAGUCGUCAGAAAUCUUCAGAAGUUGCUGGGACGUUUCGGGAAAUCCCAGUCCUGACAAGGUGAAAAUCUCAAGCAUUUGACUCAGAAAAAGUUGGCAAGUAUACCAUAACCUAUCAGUUGACAGUCGAUCAUUACUUUGUCAAUGGCUCACUGACAUAUCGCUGACACUCAGUCAACAGCCCUGUCCAUUGUCAGUUCAGAGGCUAAAAUUAAUGUUUCAGCAUAAUUAUUAGUUUUGUUGGACAUAAAAGAGAAAAUUUCUCACCGAAAACUAUGGCAUUCCGUUGUGGACAAAACAUGUACUAGGAAAAAAAUUUGGUGGACGAGUUGGGCAAGACCAUAAAGCCUGAGCCUGAAAAAUGGAUAGUCGCCUUUGCCUUUCCCACUUUGGACAGUAAUUAUUUUUUGGGGCUCAAGAUACAAGGUAGAGGGGGACAUUGGGGGGUACCCAAUACCGUAAUACCGUAAGAAAAAAUGGCAAAUACCGAAAUACCGCGUCGAAAAUUGUCCAAAUACCGAUACCGCAUAUUUUAAUCAUAUUUAUAAUCGUUUCCGCAUACUUAUGGUUGCUUCCAUCUAGUACGUUUACUUAUCUCAGGCAUUUAUGCACCAGAUGUGCAUGUUUUUUUUUAAAUAUUUUGGUAGUUAGCAAAAUUUUCGCAAAUUUUCACGGAAAAGUAAACUACAUUCGUUCAACCUUUUGGUAGGUGGACCCAACAGCUAAUUAACUCCAAUAAAAAUAACUCUUGAAAGCGCGAAAAACAAACCAAUCCAAACCCUUUCCACGCACGUCUAGUGCGAGUUUUGAUAAGUGACUGACCCUUAGAAAACUUAUUGGGGGGGGGGGGGCGAAGUACAAAAAAAAAUAUUCGCGCAAGGGAAAAUUAAAUGAAAAAAAAUUCAUACAAGGAUUUUGAUAACGAAAAAAAAUUCCUGCGCCUCGAAAAUUCUGUCUCGACUGUCUCACACGCCGCGCCGGUAAGAGGCAAACUUACCAAAUUUUAAUUCUCGAAACCCGACAUCUAUACUUAUUCUUGUUGCGAUAAUGUUAGCCUCCUUCGCCCUCUUCCAAGAAACUGCCACACAGUCAAUGAUAACCACGCCGCCUUCAACCUCAGCGAUCUCAGCCAUUGUGAGAAAACGUGUAAGACCUCGAAUUACCACCGGCUCAAGUACACAGAUCGAAAAGCCUGGUAAGGUGACUUGAGAUGACUCAUUAUCAUUGGAUGCAGCAACAAUCACAUUGUAUAUUAUCGACCAUUAACUGUCACAAAAUGACCCACAAAUGGUGUAAUCAUUUACUGUUAUGUCUCAAGACUUCUGAAUUUUAACUUUUAUUGACCUUUAUGUCCUACUGUGUUUUGUUUUGCGUAUUGUAUCGAAAUGAAAGCGCAAAUAAACGGUACCGUAAUACCGUGAACAAUAUUAUUUCACCGAAUACCGUCAACCAAAAUGAUGAAAAACCGCAUACCGCAGAACUAGAUGAUACCGCAAUACCGUACUGAAAAAAUGAAAAUUACCGAAAUACCGCAUGAAAAAAAGCCCAAUACCGCAAUACCGUAAACCCCCAUGUCCCCCUCAAGGUACAAGAUACAAGGUUUGUCUCUUCACUCAAUACACCACUGAUAUGUUACCAAUACUUGACCGAUGGUUCACUGAUGCAUUGCUGACACACUAUCGAUACUAUCGCGACUGACUGUUGACCAAUGGUUGACCAAUGAUCUGUCGAUAUGUCUGUCAAUACUCGACCAAUGCAAGACCAACACUCGACCGAUGCGCAACAGGUCCUCAACAACACUCAACAGAAAAUAUUAUAUCGAUCAAGUUGUCGACAGACACUCGGCCAAUAUAUCGAUCGAUAUGUCGUCCAAAACUCAACCGAUAUGUUGACGGAUACAUUGGUCAACACCUGCCAUGAGACACAAGAUCCAUAUUAAGUAUAAGACUUAGUAUUAAGUUAUCUUAUGUUGACACUAAUAAUUCUUUGUUAUAGGCAUGGCAUCAAAUGCUGUUAAUGGGUGUCCAUCCAUCAGAGUAAUUAUACAGCAGUGUCUGUCAGCUAAAUUACAAGUCCAGCCACCAACAGAAGACAGUGAUGCUGAGUGGGUUGAGGUGCGAAAUGAAAUAAGCAUUGGGGACCCAAUCAUCCAGACCCUAAGAAAAGAGAAGGGCUUGGCCCUAGCCCCAUGGGCUCAAUUUGGCCUAAAAAUAGGGUGGGAUCCCCAUGCCCCCCAGCAGGGGGGGGGGGGGGAAAGUCAUCUACACGGUGUCUGUUUCUCUUUGGACAGGAAUCCUAAAUACGACGAGUUGGGGAACGGAUGGUUCCUACUUUUAUAUGGAGGACACACUCCAGUGAGACACUGGGUCUGCAUAUAUAUAAGUCCUCAGACAAAUGAAAUCGCCAAAAGUGAAGGCGUUUGAGUUGCCUUGAAUAAACGAACACCAGUCAUUGAGAAAGGUCACCAGUUGCUAGGUGUACUUGGCUCUGGUAGGCAAGCGGUUAAGCAGGCUGCAAACCCUGACCAGCAGUUCCUGACAAAUUCUACACUUUUCCCUCCAUGUCAUAUUAAUUUACUAAAUAAUUGUAGGAAAACAAAAAUUACACUUUUAAGGAGGCCCUGUUAGGGUAAAAUUUUCAAAAGGAACAUGGCCUUGAAACAGCGACAUGGGACAGAAGAAAUGGUGACAAACUACACAAAGACAUGAGUUGAAACUGCGACAGGGACAAAGAAAGGCACAAAUUCUACAGUAAAAUACCGACAGUGACAUGGCUUCCUCCUCUGUCAAAUACACAAAACAACAGGCUUUGAAAUUCAGACUUAAGGGCCUCUUUAAGCAAUGAUCGUGAACAGGUGGAAGGUACAACCAGAAACUCUGCAUAACGGCUUUGUUCCCAGAAAUUAUGCUUUUGUGUGUGUUUACAAAUUAAUAAUGUAUUUUCUCCAUGCAGUUCCCUAGAUGAAGUCUAGAUGUUAAUACAUGACAUGCAUGCCUUGUAGGCUAAUAACACCCUCCAGUCAGCAAAUGACUUUCCAGAUUUUGCACAGCAUACAAACAUGUACAUAAUUAGCAUACUGAAUACUGGUAAAUUAUAUCACUUAGUGAACUUGCUUUCAGAUUAGUAGAGGCAUCAUUGUCUACCUUUGUUUCCUCAAAGGCUCAAAUCUGGACCUUAUACCAAAAGUUGGUGAGUUGGUAUGGCGUGUUCAGCUCUCCUGUGGACAAAAUCUUUUUUCUGCAGGCUGCCAGCAUGGCAUUAUUGGUAUUGGCGUAAAGACCGGCUAUAUCUUCUUGCUAUGCAUUGAAAGUUUUUCUUUCAGCUACCAUAAAUAAUAAGCAUUUUAAAAAAUACUGUAUGCUACCAAAGCUCUAAUAAUAGACAGUUGCAUAAGUAGACAGCUCUACUACAUUAUACUAUUAAUAGCAACCUUACGUGUAAGUUGACAGAGCCUUGUUUGAACUCUCUACUUUAAAGCAUUCACCUCCAGUUGCCAACAGUUUUUCUUGUUUACAACGGUAUCAGCUUAAGAAUGUUUUGACUGUAUUUCUAAGCGAUUUUUUUUAUCAAGUUAGUUUCAUGUAUUAUUCUCUUAUACAGAAGCCGCAGAAGCAAUAACAAUUUCCAUUUCAGAACGUUUCUUUUUGCUUUGUAUAUUUAUGUAUAAUGUGGACAUUUGCUUUUUUAAACAUAUUGACUUGUUAUUUUAUUUAAUUGAAUUGAUUUCUUGAUGUAUUAAAAAGGAUUAUUUUGUAUUUCCUCUUUUCAGUAAAAUCUAUUUUAAAUGUAAAGUUAAGUGAGCCCACAGGCAAACCAUCCAAUGUGUCAGUUUUAGAUCUUCCUGGGGAUGUUCUUAUAGUGCCACAGGUAAACAAUAUUGUAUCUACAUAAAAGCAUUUCAUUCCUGUUAAAUCACUUUCCAUUCAAACGUCUGUCAUGCAAACUAUAUAGAUAUCUUCACCGUGACAGUAUUAGCUCAGUCGCUAGAGCACCUGACUGCAGAGCUGGUAGCCUGCAUAGCAUGACGGUUUUGGUUGGGCGCGCUAAGUAAUAAAGGCGGGCGAGUGCAGAGAAGCCGCUCGUUCUCGCACGCCUUACGAGCGAAUUUCGCGGCCCGCGGCUUCGCCGCUCGUGCGCCCGGCUCGACAAAACCGCCAUGGUACGCAGGCUUCAGAGCUGGAGGUCGCGGGUUACAUUCGCCGGGCCGGACCAAUACUUAACUUAAAAAUAGCGGAGAAAUGCGGGUACUGCCUUUGCCCGGCAAGCGGCUAGACCUUUUUGCGGCUCGGAUGACCAUGUAAAAUGGCGGUCCAGUCUCCAGAAGGAGACGGAUAUAAAAUAGCGUCCUCGAUUAGAACGUUCAUGUUAAAAAGAGUGGGGAAAUUUCAUCACCCCGAAUCGCAGUCCAUGAUUUGCUGAAGCUUCUGGGAAUGGCACGAACCAUUAGAUUUUCUCAGUAACCAAAGUUUCUUGUUUUUCCAUGUAAAUGGAAUAAGUUUAAGUACCCCAGGUUUUCAAGAAUUAACGUGCGGCAUUUUUACUGAAACUUGAAUUUUUUUCCUCAUUGCUUUUACAGGCCACACUGGGUGGAAAGAUGAAAGGAAAAAGUAUUCAGUAUCAUUCAAAUAUUUCAAAAGAAGAAGGAAGGCUAUUUUAUGAAAAGUUUGUUUUUCUUUGUGAGGUAUUAACUAUAAGAUGGAUGAGCCAUAUCACAUCAAGUAAUUUUUAUGACAUCGUCUGUUUUUAGUCCAUAAAUAUAAAUGCUACCAGAAACUCAUAAGGGGUUAAAUCGACCCCUUAUGAGUUUCUGAUGCUACUCAAUUCUGAGUCGCUUACUCAGUGUCUGGAAGCGUAUUUUCGGGAUCCGGUAUUUAAUAAAACAGAGCGGGAUUCGGGAAAACGCAAAAAUUCUUGACGGGAUACUGGAUUUGAUCGCUACUUGAGAAGAUUGGCACGGGAUGUGGUAUUAGGAAAACAUCCGGUAUGCCGAAAAUGCUGGAAGCAAGGAUUGAGCGGUGUGAUUAUCGAAAACGAUGCUUAGUGUAACAUUACCAAACGCUUUAACACUUUAUGUUUUUCUUUGCCCAGGAGACAAUUCAGUCUAGCUCACCAAGCUCAUCCGUCAAACAUGGUAAGUUCGUAAAUUAGACUCUGCUUUCUAUUGAGUAAUUUCUCUAUUAAGUUACUAAUUUCCUAUACGCUUGCACUUGACUAUCACUCGGUACAUGCUGAUAGGAUGAUUUCGGUCUUACAAACAUGCCUCUCCUUAUGAAUACGUUCAUGACAAGAAAACCGCCCUUUGAAUUCUUACCCUGCCUUCCUCUUUAAUCCUGACGGUUUUUGUAAAGGGAAUGCUUUACUCUGUUGACUGUCGUCUAUCUGCAUGCAAACGACAGUCUAUUUGCAUAUGGGUGAAACCGCCAAUCUGAACCUCCCGUAAGCGACCACCCAAAAUGCAAAGACUGAGUGGUCGCUUACGGGAGAUGGUCGUUUACAAGGAUCGAACCACAGGGCGUCUCUUUCGAGAAGAGGUCCAGGCACAUCUAUAUGGAAGAUAAUUUAUUGCAUACAACGUCUAAGUUAGCACAUGUAUAGUUCCAUGUUGUUCUAAGUAACAUAGUGUACACAGCGAAAAUAGAGAUCAGGGAACGCGUCAAGUAGUCGCUUACAAGAGGUUAAAAACAAUGGAAAAAUCGAUCGUUAACCGUCAGGCCAAAAAAGUGGUCGCGGUCGUUUACAGGAGGUGGUCGUUUACUAGAGGCUCCAAAUGUAACGCUUUGACUUAGAAGACCUUGGUGUUCUUGAUUGGCGGUCGCUUAUGGCAGGUGGUCGCUUACGAAAGGUGAUCGCACAUGGAGGUUCGACUGUACGUCUCCUUCCGUGCUGGGCGUCGGCUAUGCGUAGGGAACACCCGUAUAUAAUCGCCCAUUUCCUUAGCUUCCGCCCCAUAAACAAAAGCAAAGCCGAUCGUAACUUUUUUUAUUGCACUUCAACUGUUUGUAAAAACCUGUUAAGCAGAUAGCAUUUUGGGGCAUGAUCAUGCAUGAGGUGAGUUUGAAGCAAAAAAAAUUAAAUUAGACCAAGGAUAAAACCAGGGGGGAGUACAAAACAAAGUAUUAUAAGGGUAGGCUUCGCCCCAAGGUCCAACCGGUUACCCUUAAAUGUAUCAGUUUUGACAGAAAGGUACCCCUUUCGUAUACCCUCGUUUGAAAAAUGGUACCCCUUUCACGUACCUUCUAACUGCUGUAAAUGCACUGUCUUUGAAAUAUGGAACAAAAAAAACGUUUUCUCGACUUUUUCAGUCACAGCCAUAAAAUGCAUUUGUUAUCCCUUGUGGGCCUUUCGAGUGAACGAAUGACAGAUUUCCCAACCCUUUCAAAUACUUCAACUAGUGAAAUCCCUAAGCUUUCAUAUACUUGAAGCCUGAUGUGUACCCCGUUUGGGCUGAGCCUUCCCGUAUAGGCCAUUAAAGGGAUCGAAUUGAACCACAACGUACUCAAAUUCUUGCUCUAUCAUGAAGAGAAAAUGAUGACCAAGAGAUUGCUGGUUUUCGCUGGGAAACAAAAGUUGCUAAACUGUUUGCUUAAGGGGUUUCGAUACAGUUUUUCGGCGACCGUACCGAUAUUUUUCAAUCGCCUUAAAAGUGGUUUUAUCCUUGUCCGAUCGCUUUAAAAUUUUUACCAAAGACAAAAUGUAGUUUUAAGUAAAUAUAUUUCGAACUGUAUCGGAACACUUUAAGGCUUUAACGAGUUCUAUAAUUUAUAGAAACCCGAAGUAUAUCCUAUGAUGGUGACCUCAAUUGAAGUUUAUCGGAUUCAAAGUUUCGAUUUGAUUCAAAUUCUUAUGGAUUCAUUUUCGUUCAUUGGACUUUGUCGUGAUUUGGGUCAAGAUUUUACCGCCAAGUACGUGUCUAAAGUACUUCUAAUUAAUGGUUUUCAUUUUAGGUACUUAUGGAAACAGACAAGUUCUGAGCGUUGAUACCAACGGACCAUUUACACAUGUCCUCGACUUUUAACGAAUCGUGCGUUAUUUAUUUCGGAGACAUUUUGAG